AUGCUCGCAAUACCGUGCGGCCAUGGCUUGGGCACAGCCUUGAUGCAGCCGCAGGUGACUCAGGUGACCACGCGGUCCUGCGUGACGGCGCCCUGGUCAUCCCGGUCAUUGCGAGGGGCAGGCCUGGCCUUGAGCGCGGGCGGCCAUGGCGUGAGUGGUCGGCGCAGCGCGCUGUCAGCAUGGCUCUGUGGCCUGGGAUGUGCGGCUGGAUGUGCAUCCAUUCCCCGGCGGGCACGCGCAAGCACUGGGUCCAGCGAGGCGGUGCUUUGCAAGAACGCGGACCUCUCCGUGGCCUUUCCUGUCUGGAAAGGGGACCAAACCCGCGAGGCUACGGAGGAGCUGCUUCAAGAAAGUGGAGGAAGCGCCGCUGCCGGUGCGGAGGCAGACUGGGCCGGCCUCUGGCGUGUCAGCUACGCGCCGCACAUCCGCACACUGGGGUCCCUUGCCCUCACACAACUGGAUGUGUACUAUGACAUUGCCUGCACAUCGGCUGGCGCAUCCCCGGAGAUCCGGUCCUUUGUUCGAUUCGAGGCCGGGGGACCGCAAGGGCCAUUUGGCAGUGGCUGGCUCAAUGCGGCGGGAACACUUUCAACCAUUGGUACUGAUGAGGUUGAGGUGAACUUUUCGGAGUUCUGGAUCGAUUUCAACACAAGACUCCCGCGACCGGCGUUGGAGGAUGCCGAUCGCCUGGGUAGCGACCUGGCAAAAGUCUUCUUCGUGCGCGAUCUCAGCCGCUUCCCGGUGCGCAGCCUCAACCUUCAGACUGGUGUCACAGUUUUCCGUUUCCCCCCCUUGGGGGUGGAGAUCUCCGCCUGUCGCGUGGGAGCCAGCGGCGCAGCCCUGCGGCCGCUGAGUGAUGCACGCUGA